UCUGUCCGGCGCCAUUUUGCGUGUGUGUGGCUGUGCUCGGGGUGACGCGUUUUAUUAAGAGUGUAGCGAGUGACCCUCUUUUAACCCGGCGGUCCUUUCAUCCCCUGUGCGGUUGUUGUUAAUAUUUUAAUCUGUGCAGUUCGUGUGGCGCGAUGUCCCGGGACAGGUUUAGGAGCCGCGGCGGGUUUCAGAGGCGCGGCGGCGGCGGAGGCCGCGGCGGUAUCGGCGCCGGGAACCCGUUCAGAAACCAGAACCAGUUUCAGAACCGCAGCAACCAGAACCAGCUGCAGCCUUCGCAGCAGAAUCAGCAGAGCCCGGCGCAGAAGCCGCCCGCUCCCCCGGCCCCGCUGCCUCCCGCCGCCGCUCCCCUCCAGCAGCCCCUCCCGGCCAAGCCGGCUCAGACCCCCCCGCCGCCCGCUGCGCUGAAGAGUCUCUCUCCGCCGGCCGCCGGGGCGAAGACCCAGCCCCCCAAGCCGGGCCCCGCCGCCCCGCUGAACCAGGGCGCAAGCCAGAAGCAGAGCCUGCCCCAAGCGGGCCAAGGAAACGGGAAGAUGCCGCAGCAAGCCUCCCCGGGACCGAACCUGCCGAAACCACCGAACCAGCAGCCAGACCCGAAACAGGACGGCGUGAGAGCCGACCCGCAGCAGGGUCUAAGAGCCACCCUGGCAAUGCUCAGAAGACCAGGGGAGAAGACCUACACCCAGCGCUGCCGCCUCUUCAUUGGGAACCUGCCGGCAGACAUAACCGAUGAGGAGUUCAAGAAGCUGUUCGCAAAGUAUGGCGAGCCCAGCGAGAUCUUCAUGAACAAGGCGAAGGGCUUUGGCUUCAUCAGACUGGAGUCUCGAGCCCUGGCUGAGAUUGCCAAGGCAGAGCUGGAUGACACGCCCAUGAAGGGCAGGCAGCUCAGAGUCCGCUUCGCCACGCACUCGGCCGCACUUUCCAUCCGCAACCUCUCCCCCUAUGUCUCCAACGAGCUGCUGGAGGAGGCCUUCUCCCAGUUCGGCCAGGUCGAGAGGGCUGUGGUGAUCGUGGACGACCGCGGCAGGUCCACUAGCAAGGGCAUCGUCGAGUUCGCCUCCAAGCCAGCGGCGAGGAAAGCACUGGAGAGGUGCUGUGAUGGAGUCUUCCUGCUCACCACGUCCCCCAGGCCUGUCAUUGUGGAGCCUCUGGAGCAGUUUGACGAUGAAGACGGGCUCCCUGAGAAGCUGGCCCAGAAGAACCCCAUGUACCAGAAAAACAGAUCCUCCUAUGAAAUGGAGAGGGAGCAGCCUCCACGCUUUGCCCACCCCGGCUCCUUCGAGUACGAGUAUUCUCAGAGGUGGAAGUCCCUGGACGAGAUGGAGAAGCAGCAGAGAGAGCAGGUGGAGAAGAACAUCCGCGAGGCGCGGGAGAAGCUGGAGGGGGAGAUGGAGGACGCCUACCAUGAGCACCAGGCCAACAUGCUGAGACAGGAUUUGCUGAGACGCCAAGAAGAACUGAGGCGCAUGGAAGAGAUGCACAGCCAGGAAAUGCAGAAGCGCAAGGAAAUGCAGCUGAGGCAGGAUGAGGAGCGUCGCCGGCGUGAGGAGGAGAUGGUGCUGCGCCAGAGGGAGAUGGAGGAGCAGAUGAGACGCCAGAGAGACGACCCCUACAGGAUGGGGGGCUUCAUGGAUAAUCAGCGGGAGCGUGAGAUGAGGAUGAGUGGAGGAGGAGCGGGCCCCAUGGGCAUGGCAGAUUCGGCGUAUGGUUCCAGCACCCAGAAAUUCCCUAUGGGUGGCAUGGGAUUUGAAAGCCACCAGGCGAUGGGGGCUGGAGCACCAGGCGGAGCGGUGAUGGGCAGUGACAUGAUGAGAGCGAUUGUGCAACUCCUGCUUUUGAACUUGCUGCGUAGGACCAGCUUCAUCCUUCCCCACUCGGUUCACUGAAGGACUUCAGUCCAGUUUGUUUUGAUGCCUCUCCAGUGCUUUGUCUUGCUGGGAUCCUGAUGUAAAGCAUCUUACUAGUCAAGCAGUAAUAAAGCAACUUGAAACUGA